GUAUAUGGGCAAUAAAGGAGUUUUGUUCAUUAUUAGGUUAUGUCGAAAUUUCGUAUGCAUUUUGCAUUGUUGAGAAACUAUUUUUCGACAUUAAGUGGCACAUCGAUCGAAUUCUACAAGACUAUAUUUAUAUAAAUUUAAGGUUGUUCAUAACCUUCCUUAUGUAUUGUUUAAACAAUUGUGCUAUUGUUUAAUUAUUAGGUCUUUUCAAUAAGUGGUGCAGUUAUUUCUAGAGAAGUUAACCUCAAUCAUAUACAAGCAUGACAUCUAUCAAGUUGUUGGAAGAUAGGGUAGUCGAAUUGGAAAAGCAAGUUUAUGGAUUUGGGAAGGUGUUGCAGCUGGAUGAUUCAUUACCAGAAACAUCUAUUACCGAUAAUCUAUUACAUGCGAAUACGUUGAUUUCUUCGGCAUUAUCAGGCAGGGAAAAGAUAGCGGAAGCUAUUAAACGAUUACCAGAAUUGAAUAAACAUUUAGAUAUAUCUUCGGAUGAAUUAGAUAUGCCCGUAGAAAUUAAAUCGCAUUUAUUAUUACUAUCGGAACAAGAAAUCACGGAUAAUCAUAAGUAUUUAAGUGAAAUACAAGAGUUGAUGCCAGUUUUAGAAACGGAUUCUUUAAAAGACCUUCCAGAAUUAUCUGUUAAACUUAACGAAUUAUCUUUGAAACAGUUGAAGAUACACGAUGAAGCAGAAGCAUUUGCCAAGGAUAUGCAUGCCAUAUUCAGUAUUUAUAAUGAUGUAAUAGAUAGUAUAUCUAAAACAUUGAUUAGCUUGGAUAAAGAAAUAACGCGUGCUGAACUGAAUGAAAGUAGAAAGUAAAUAAGUGACGGUAUACUAUUAAUUUAUUCUGCAAUUUUCAGAAAAUUAUUUUCUCCUAAGUAUACACUACACCGGCAGUUGUAAAGGUAUAAAGUUUAGAAUUAAUUUGAUAUGUAUAUAUAUAUAUAUAUAUUUUU